AUGAGGUCUUCAAUGGCCUCUGUCACCUUGACCCUUCUUUUAGCCAUUGUUUCUCUCACCCUACCUUCCCAAAUUUCAGCUAACAGCUACUUGUAUUCUUCACCUCCACCACCAACCACCGUGUACCCUCCGGUUUCACCACCACAUAAGGUGUAUCCUCCGGUUUCACCACCUUACCAUUAUCCUUCUCCAUCACCACCUAAGGUGUAUCCUCCGGUUUCACCGCCUUAUCAUUACUCUUCACCACCACCGCCAGUGUACUCUCCUCCAAAACAUCCUUACCAUUAUAAAUCUCCACCACCACCACACCAUAAGCCAUAUAAGUAUGCUUCUCCUCCACCACCGGUGUACUCUCCUCCUAAGCAUCCUUACCAUUAUAAAUCUCCACCACCACCACACCAUAAGCCGUACAAAUAUCCUUCUCCUCCACCACCGGUUCAUCAUGUCUACCCUAAACCAAUCUACCACUCUCCACCACCACCAAAGACACCGUACAAAUAUUCAUCUCCUCCUCCACCAGUGCACCAUGUCUACCCUAAACCUAUCUACCACUCACCACCACCUCCAUACUACCCUCACCCACACCCCCACCCUCAUCCUCAUCCACACCCCUACCCAGUCUACCAUUCACCUCCUCCAUCCCCAAAGAAGCCAUACAAAUACUCUUCUCCUCCUCCUCCAUCUCACCCUUAUCCCCACCCCCAUCCUCACCCUCACCCCCACCCUCAUCCUUACCCACACCCCCACCCAGUCUACCACUCACCCCCUCCCCCACAUAAAAAACCAUACAAGUAUUCAUCUCCACCACCUCCAACCCACCACGUUUACCCUCACCCAAUCUACCACUCACCACCACCACCAAAGAAGCCAUACAAAUACUCAUCUCCACCACCACCGGUUCCCACACCCUACAUUCCUCACCCAGUGUACUCACCACCAAAGAAACCAUACAAAUACUCAUCCCCACCACCACCAGUUCACCCUCCAUACGUUCCACACCCAGUGUACUCACCACCAAAGAAGCCAUAUAAGUACUCAUCUCCUCCACCACCAGUCCACCCUCCCUACGUUCCACACCCAGUUUACUCACCACCUAAGAAACCAUACAAGUACUCAUCUCCUCCACCACCAGUCCCCACUCCCUACGUUCCACACCCAGUUUACUCCCCACCAAAGAAACCAUACAAAUACUCAUCUCCCCCACCACCAGUCCCUACUCCCUACGUUCCUCACCCAGUUUACUCACCACCAAAAAAACCAUAUAAAUACUCAUCACCUCCACCACCAGUCCCAACUCCCUACGUUCCACACCCAGUUUACUCACCACCAAAAAAGCCAUAUAAAUACUCCUCUCCACCACCACCAGUCCCUACUCCCUACGUUCCUCACCCGGUUUACUCACCACCAAAGAAGCCAUACAAGUACGCUUCUCCUCCACCUCCACCAGUUCACACUUAUCCUCCUUACAUUCCUCACCCAGUUCACCACUCUCCUCCACCAACUCCAACCAAAAAGCCUUACCUCUAUGUUUCUCCUCCCCCUCCUUACCACUCUUAG